AUGACUGGCUCUAAGACUGAUGCGCGCCCCAAGGGAGAGAAGACCCCGCCAGAAGAUUCUGACUAUCUGGUCAUUGAAGGAGUAGCUUCUCCCUCUGUCUUCUUCGAAAAAAUGACUGGCUACACUGGCAGUCUUGUGCCCAUGGGGGAGGACAUGCGCCAUCUUACGAGCUCGGACAGCGGAUCCGACGCUGACGCCGUCGCCCCUCGUGGAGAGCUCGUUCAGUUCUCUCAAACUCGACUCGACAAAGAGAGGAGCGAACUCAAGCAGGCCAUUAAUGAGGUCGCAGAGCUGAAUCCACCUCGAAAUGGGAAACCUCUGACCUUGGCCGAAAUCAGCCGAUGGGCGGAUAAAAACAUCACCCAAGACGCUCGUGAGCAUCGACCUUGCGCAAGCAUCCGUGAAAACUGCCUUGACCCAGAGGAACUCCGAAAAGCGAGAAUCGGGCCGGGAACAAAAAUCGACGACCUGGUUUAUCGGAAGCUCGCGCAUCCUCGCCUUGCUGCCAAAACCGAAGCCCAAGAGAGUCAGCCGGAAACAGUCAUUCCAGAUGAUGACGACGAGUUGAAAAUGGACUUCGAUGCAGCUUGGAAGCGAAAGCGAGUUGGUACUCCCGAGUACCAUGGUCAAUGGACUGCAUACCAAGCGUCCUCUCCCAUGUAUCCCAAAAUCACCAAUGGGGUACUUUCGAUGAGUUCCUCACCCCCUGGAGGCAGCUAUGACCACCAGCCAAUGCCAUCCAAGGUCAAGAAUCCGGAGGCUUACGAACAGCACGACUUUAAGUCCAACUGGGGCUUUUGGCCUUCAAACCACUAUGAUCCGACAUGGUUUCGCGAACAAUUCUUCAAGUGGGUCGCCAAUCUCCCAAGCUCAGGCCACCCAGUGGAUAUCUAUCACGCUGCGUUCUUCGACGGAACUGCCUCCCCGGAUGGCGGUGCUGCGAUGAUGAUCAUGAAAGAAAAGCAUGGUAUUUGCGAACGAGUUACCGAGGAUGAGCAGACUCGCCUUCAUUGGCAUGAGACAUCCGCCGGAUACAUCUGGAACGUCAGAACUCAGAUGAAGGAAAAAGCCAGGAUUCAGAUCCGGGAAUCGCAAAGAGCGUUGGAAACCCGAGGCUUUCUGGGGCCAGGGACACAACGGCUUCAUCAUUACCUUCUUCUCCGCCCUGGAGAACCCUCGGAUGCCGAAAAUCUUCUUCCUCUGUUCAACUGGUACGCAGAGAAUACAACCUUUGUUGCAAGUACAACUCCGAUCGGCCAAACUGCGAUCCAGCGCAUCAUCCAGACUUGUCGUGAGCGGAACCUGCCUUUCAUUGUUGCAGUUCCAGACAGAAGAGUCCAUGUCCAUGAGAUUCGACCCGACGAGCCCGAGAUCCUCGGGUUUGCCUAUGUCAAACGAUUCAAUGACGAGCCGGCGACUGGGGAGGUUCGAGUCUUCGUGGACCACACAUGCAAGAAACUUCAUAUUGCAACCGGGCUAGUUGAUAUGAUCAUGCGUACUUGUGAUAUCAACCAGCGCCCCGAUGGUUACCGCCCUUAUGAGUUCAUACCAAAGGGUGAGUUGAAGUAUGGUGAUGGCUACCAGUGCAAUCUCAGCCGCUUGGUUUUUGCCAUCGCAUAUGAUCCCCCGAAGGAGAGCAAAUACCGAUGGAUCAGAAGCUGGCUUAUGAGGAGGUUCAAGUUCGAAAACUUGUGUCAUAUCAAGAAUGGCAGAGUGAAGUUUGGCCACCGGUAA